AUGGUGGCGGUGACAUCGUUUCCCCCGCUACUACAAAGCAACCGCAGUAGGCAGUAUCAGCCUCGUGCUGCUAAUACUCAUAGUAAUUCUCCCCAAAUCGCGUCUGUAACUGUCGUAACUCCUAGUCCGCGAGGAGCCGGCGCCUCGGUUGCUGCUACUAACGCGUUCGCCGCGCAUCGUCUCCCAAGCCCUGCUGCUCCGCUGCCCGCCCCUAAGGCCGCCACGUCAUCAGCUACCGCCACGUCAGCAGGUCCUGUCCAGGUAGGCGCUGACACCCCGAGCCCGCGCGGAGUGGCGGCGGACGGAAGCUUCCAGAGUUCGCGCGGGCGGAAGAAGCUGUCCGCCGCGCAGCCGUUGCGCACCCCCAGCGCAUUGGCGCGCCUCCCCCUCCCUGCAUCUUCCGCCGCCACGUCCUUCGCCGCAUCCGCCCCUUCCGCCGCUUCCGUUGCUUCCGCCCCUUCCGCCGCUUCCGUCACUUCCGCCGCUUCCGCCUCCUCCGCAUCCUCUAUCCCCGUCGGCGCAUCCUCCAUCUCCCCCUCCACCUGUUGUGCCUCCCCCUCCGCCGCUUCAGCCUCCCCCGCCGCGAAUUCCCCCGGCGCCAGCCAACCCGCGGAGAACUCCAGAAAUGCUUCUCCGGAAACCACCAGCACUGCUCCGCCCGCGCAGGUGGCGCAGGUCGGUUCCGCUGCCGCCUCUCCCGCCGCUACGCCCUCCGAUUGCGAGUGGUUGACUGAAGUGAGUGUGUUGGCCCAUCUCUCCCACCCCAACCUCAUCUCUCUCGUGGGUUACUGCGUGCACCACCACCACCGCAUGCUCGUCUACCCCUCUCACCCUCCCGUUCCCCUUCCCCCUGUUUCCUUUCUCCUCCCCGUCCCGCUUCCCCUCCCCGAGUCCUCAUCUUCUUCUUCCCCUCUCCCUCUCUCCCUCCACCUCUCUCCCGUCUCUCUCCUGUCUCUCUUCCCCUCACUACAAGGCGAGAGAGAGUGGUUAACUGAAGUGAGUGUGUUGGCCCAUCUCUCCCACCCCAACCUCAUCUCUCUUGUGGGUUACUGCACGCACCACCACCACCGCAUGCUCAUCUACCCCUACCUGCCCAACGGCUUCCUCGAGCGAAAACUUUUCAGGCUGCCCGCAAAGGAAACGCCGUUGACGUGGCAGCAACGGAUUGGCAUUGAGGUCGGGGCGGCCAAGGGCCUAGCGUAUCUGCACGAGGAGAUGGACAAACCG